AUGGAGAAAAAAAACCAGCUCAAAGAUGAUACUUUUUUGCAGCACCCAAUUCUCAUUCUCCUAGUUCUUGUAUUGGGUUUGGUUAUCAUGGACCCUUUUCAAAUGGGUCCUGUAGGAGGGCUCGAGUUCAGGCCUGUGAAGCACAACAUUGCUCCUUACAAGCAAGUCAUGAAGAAUUGGCCCAGAGACAACCAGAGCCGGCUUGGACUUGGGAAAUUGGAGUUUGAAGGUGAAGUUUUUGGGCCUGAAUCUUUGGAGUUUGAUCAUAUGGGCCGCGGCCCAUAUACUGGCUUGGCCGAUGGACGCAUUGUUAGGUGGAUGGGGAGGGAUGUGGGAUGGGAGACAUUUGCUCUUGUAACUUCAAAUUGGUCAGAGAAGGUUUGUGCUAAAGGGAAUGAGUCAACCACGAAAAAGCAAUGGAAAGUAGAGAAGAGAUGUGGUCGUCCUUUGGGGUUGAGAUUUGAUAAAGAGAGUGGAAACUUGUUCAUUGCAGAUGCAUAUUAUGGGAUUCUGGUUGUUGGGCCUGAAGGAGGUGUGGCCAUUCCUCUGGCAACCCACGUUGAUGGAAAGCCCAUUCUCUUUGCCAACGACCUUGAUAUUCACAACAAUGGCUCUAUUUUCUUCACUGACACUAGCAAGAGAUACAACAGAAUGGAUCAUUUCUAUAUAUUAUUGGAAGGAGAGGCCACUGGAAGACUUCUCAGAUAUGAUCCUCCAACAAAAACAACUCAUGUUGUACUAGAUGGGUUGGCUUUCCCUAAUGGGGUACAAAUAUCUAGAGACCAUACUUUCCUUCUCUUUACAGAGACCACCAAUUGCAGGCUAAUGAAAUAUUGGCUAGAGGGGCCUAAAAGAGGACUUGUGGAACCAAUUGCUAACUUACCAGGAUUUCCGGACAAUGUGAGAAUAAAUGAGAAUGGUCAGUUUUGGGUUGCAAUAGACUGUUGUCGCACUCCAAUACAAGAGGUGUUAAGUCACAAUCCAUGGAUAAGAAGUGUUUAUUUUCGCUUACCAAUCCGAAUGAGUUUCUUGGCACGACUAAUGGGGAUGAAGAUGUACACAGUGAUCUCACUCUUCGACGACAAGGGAGAGAUUGUUGAAGUUCUUGAGGAUCGAAAGGGAGUAGUGAUGAAACUUGUGAGUGAGGUUAGAGAAGUGAAAGGGAAAUUGUGGAUUGGAACAGUGGCUCACAACCACAUUGCCACUCUCCCUUACCCUUAG